CUUCAACAGCCUUUUGUGAAAUAAAUCGAAUUUGUUAUUAAUGUUCGUAACAAAUAAAAUUAAGUGUUUGAAAUGUUAGAAUUAAGAAACUUGGCAACAAUGACGAUGUGUCAAAAGUAAAGUCACGUAUAAAUUGCAAUGGGCGUUUAACAGUGAAUAACAAAAAUAUUUUCGAGUUUCCUUACAUAUAUUUGAAAACAAACUUUUUGCCAAUAAAAGUUAUCGAAAAGCAGUAAUAUUGAAACGCAUAAUCGCAUCAAAUCAACGGUGCCAAUCCACGAAUCGCAUUACAAUGCCACCUUUGAAGACCUAUUCACCGCACAACGAAUUCAAUGCGAAUUGUCACAAUGGUAAUAGCAGCGCUGCCGACGGUGAGAGUAACACAUCAGCCGCUGGUACUUCAAAUCUAAGUGAUAUUUGUGGCGCUGUUAGCAAUGCAGGUGCACAACAACGUGCUACCUUGCCCUCUUACAGUAACGCACAAUUUCCAUUCAAAGUGUUAGCCAAUUUAAAUCAGUUACGCACAGAAUCGCGUUUUUGUGAUGUGGAAAUUGUAGCUGGAGGCAUAACAUUCAAUGCACAUCGUGCAGUAUUAAGCGCAGGCAGCGCCUACUUCGAAGCAAUGUUUCGGCCAGAGCUCGGUUUGAAUGAAGUUAACCAAAAAUCGGUUGUAUUACAUACCAUUGAUGGUGAGAUAUUAAGUAUUCUUCUCGAUUUUAUCUACACUGGCCGUUGUGAAAUAACACAGUGUAACGUCCAGGAGCUGCUUGCUGCAGCUGAUAUGCUUCAAUUGCCGGAAGUUGUCGAUGGUUGUUGUGACUUUCUGUGCCGGGAAUUGCAUGCUACUAAUGCAUUGGGCAUUUUACGCUUUGCAGAAGCACACAAUUGUGAGACAUUGAAGAAGAGUGCUUUGAACUUUGUGCACUCAAACUUUCCAGCGAUUACGCUGGAAGACGAGUUCUUAGAUACACCACAGACCCUACUCGCUCAGCUACUCACUUCCGAGCAGUUGCGUGUCGAUUCGGAAUCUCAAGUUUUCCAAGCAGCACUACGUUGGAUCAAACAUGACGUUACCCAACGUCGUUGCUACGUAUUCGACACCUUAUCGCAUGUGCGUUUAGCACUAGUGCCGGUGAAAGUAAUCGAUCAAGCACUGAAAGAUUGUCGUGACAUGUCAGUUAAAAUCGCCUUACGUUCCAUUUGCCGCGAUAUAGCCUCGAAACGUGGCCAAUUGGUGCCACUACGCGUCUGUCCACGUCAACAAGCUAAAAAGAACAUCUAUAUAAUCGGUGGUUCACGUCGUGAAUCCCAGCGUGAUUGGACACCGUCCGAUUGCAUUUUCGAAACUGUUGCGAAAUUCGACAUCUUUCGUCGUGAGUGGUCCGAAACAGCACCGAUGGAAAUCGGUCGUAUACUACCCGGCGUGGCGGCUUUGAAUGGCAAAAUUUAUGUAAUCGGUGGUGAGCGUGGUUCCCAAAUUUUAGCCAAUGGCGAAGUUUACGAUCCACAAACCGAUAUCUGGACACCCAUAGCACCAAUGAUUGUGCCUCGUUGUGAAUUUGGUCUGUGCACUUUUGGUGGUACACUACUGGCGGUUGGCGGUUGGUUGGGCGACGAUAUAGGUGGCUCAAUUGAGUGUUAUGAUCCGGAGAAAAAUUCGUGGAGCAAGCUGGGCGAUUUGCCGGAACCACGUUUCAGUAUGGGUGUGGUCAGUUUUGAAGGACUGAUUUACAUUGUUGGUGGUUGUACUACUUCAAGUCGCCAUUUGCCCGACCUGAUCAGUUUCAAUCCAAUAACUCUCGAUUGGCAACCGAUGGCGCGCAUGCGCACGGCUCGCUGCCAAAUGGGUGUGGCUAUUCUAAAUCGUUAUCUCUACGUUGUGGGCGGCAAUAGCAGCUCACAAGAUGUGCUAAGCACAGUUGAACGUUACAGUUUUGAUGAAAACAAAUGGGAGAGUGUCUGUUCGAUGUCCGUGCCACGCGCUAUACCUGCUGUGGCGGCUGCCGAUGGGCUGCUCUAUGUUGCUGGUGGUGAUCAGCCGUGUGAAGAUAAUUUCUAUCGCGCUCAUAUCACAAUCAACGCGGUGGAGGCAUACGAUCCGCUCACAGAUACUUGGAAGAAUUGUCCAGAUUUGCCUGUUGGCCGCUCGGAGGCUGGUGCCGUCGUUGUUUAACGCCAAUUUGACCAUAUAACCGUGACACUAUUGGGCAAUAACAACUGCUGCGUUUGUAUUGUUGUGCAUUAAAAAGAAAAUUGAAGAAUCUUAUUGAAGAAAUCUAAUAUGUGCACUAUAGAUAGGCUUACUUUUGUAUGUAUGUAUGUAUGUAUGUAUGUAUAUGUAUUAUAACUAUUUCCAGUUAAUAUAUGGUUUUUAUUUUUCUACAACAUUAAUUUUUUCUUAUACAUACAUAUCUACUUAUAAAUUAAAAUUAACAAAUUGCAUUAUACGAGCAAACUCAUUCCUGCCCUUUUUAUUUUUAAACGAAUAUUUUUUAUAUAAACUUGUUGAAAAUUAAGCAAAAGU